AUGCCAAAAUUGGCUGAUCAAGUGGAUAUGUUUACAGUCCACCAAACCAGUACACUUAACAGUAACCGAUACAAUGAGCUUAAAAAGAUUUUCGCACUGGCACUACCUACCAUGAUUUCACAACUCUUACGCUUCACUAAUCCUUCAAUCAGUGUAAUGGCCUGUGGACAUUUAAGUCGAGAAGAAUUAGACGCUUCAUCGUUGGCUAACUGUAUAAUCAAUAUUUUUGGUUUAAGCAUUGAUACAGGAUUUUCAAGUGCAUGUGAUACACUUUUCUCUCAGGCAUAUGGAAGUCGCAAUCGUGAACUCAUAGGGACACUGGUUCAACGAGCUUUAUGCGUUGUAUGUCUAAUGUACAUGACAUUGGUGUGUAUACAUUUGAAUAUUGAAACAGUAUUAUUAUUACUUGGUCAAAAUCCUUUAACUGCAUCCCUUACAUCAGAAUAUAUUGCAUACUUUUUGCCUGGUCUUGGGUUUGAUUUUUUAUUUUUAACAUUUGCACGAUACUUACAAACACAAAAUAUUAUUCAACCAAUUGUAUAUUCAACAUUUACAGGAACAGUUUUUAAUAUGUUUGCACAGUAUUAUUUUAUUGUUCAUUUAAACUACGGGCUACGCGCUUCCGCUAUAUGCCUGUCCUUAUCGUUUGGUUGUAUGUUUCUUUGCGAAUUGGGAUAUAUAUUAGCUUCCAAAGUUUAUAAGGAAACAUGGAGUGGAUUCAAAUUAAAUUCUGCACUCAGUAAUUGGAGUAUAUUUUUCAAAUUGGGAAUUCCCGGUGUUUUAAUGGUGGCACUAGAGGAAUGGUGUUUUGAAAUGAUGACAUUAAUGGCUGGCACUCUUGGAAGCGUAACUCUGGGAGCUCAGGCAAUCGUGUUUCAGAUUCAGUCAAUAAUAUAUAUGGUUCCUCUUGGACUGUUUACAGCAGUAAAUAUUCGUGUUGGUCAAAGACUUGGUGCAUUUGAUCCAGUUGGUGCUCGUUAUGUAUACUUCACUGCGUUAACAGUCAUUUCUAUAGUUGCAUUAUUUACUGGUUUACCUGUUGUACUCUUACGACAUUACAUUCCUUAUAUGUUCACAUCGGAUGAAGAAGUUUGUUCAUUAGCCAGUCAGCUCUUACCAAUGCUUUUACUAUUCCAGUUUCUUGAAGGAUUUGCUGGUGUAUCAGAGGCUAUUUUACUAGCUUGUGGGCGUCAAAGUCUUGGAGCAAUUACAAUAUUUUUAGGUUAUUAUUGCACUGGAAUGCCAAUUGCUGCAAUACUAACUUAUCAGACAUCACUUGGAAUAUUAGGAUCAUGGAUAGGUUUAACCAUUGGUUUUGGAUUAACAACUAUGGUUUACACAAUACUUGCAUUGAGAACAGAUUGGACUAAACAAGUUAAACAAGCUAGAAACAAUGUUACAGAAAUAUCAUCUGUUUAUUCGACAAAUAAUAAUGAACAAUAUAAAUAUCACUGCUUAGAUAUAAAAAAUGAAAGUGCUGAUGCUUCCAAUCUAACAUUAUUUGAACAAUCUACUAUGAUCACAGAAAAUUUAUCACAAUAUCAUAAGAUGAAAUUUUCCAAAAACAUAAAAUGUAUAGAAUUAACUUCAAAUUAUUUAUGGUUUAAAUGUAUUAUAUUUUUUAUUUUUUUAAUACUACUUAUUAUAUCAUUGUAUAUACGUUUCUUCUAUUCUAUUCCAUUAUGGUAUACAUAUUGUAAUGAACAAGUGAAUUCAUUAGAUAAAUCAUCAUUUUGUAUACGUAUUAUGCCAAUAAAUAAUUAUUUAUUACAACCUAAUAAUAAUAUAACUCAUUUAUUAAUGGAUAAUAUGACAUUAUGA